UACUAAGGCAUAAUUUGGUUUCCUUCUUGGAUCCAGGUAACCAUGAGUUCGAGAUCCGAGCUUCUUGCCAACUAUCGUAAGAGAGGUAGGAGCAAGAAAGCUAUUACCUUCGAUUCCGGGGAUGUACCCCGAGGUUCUAGAGGUAGGCCUUCAAGGGGAGAAGAGGAUACAAGAGCUGAAUCUCGGGAAUCAAGAGAGGAAAGCCAGCAACAAGGGGCCCAAGAUAAUGUAGCUGAAGUAGUGGAGCCUAAGGGUGAUGGGGGCUACACUUUUGCCCAAUUUAGAAAGGCGAAACCACCCACUUAUGAUGGAAAAACUGAUCCUCUUGCGGCGGAACGUUGGAUUAGAAAGAUUGAGGGGAUCUUCAGAGUUGAAGAGGUUCCCGAGGAGAAAAAGGUCGAUUUUGCUACACAAUAUUUAGAAGGUGAAGCCGAGUAAUGGUGGGAAGGAAUGAGAUCCGCCUUUGGAGAUGAAGAUAUUGUUAUCUCUUGGAAGGACUUCAAAGAGACUUUUAACGCUCAAUUCUUCCCUCGGUCGUUUCAAGCGCAGAUGAAGAAUGAUUUUCUACAUAUAUCACAAGGUGACUCUACUGUUAUGGAGUAUGCAGGCCGUUUCAAUCAGAUGAGUAGAUUUGCGGGGCGUUUGGUAGCAGAUGAAGGUGAAAAGGCUGAACAUUUUGUGAGAGGACUCGGACCUGAGAUUCGUUUUACGCUCGUGUCUCUUUCAUUGCCGACUUAUAAAGACGUGUUGGAAUGUGCAAUCAAGAUUGAACGUGAGAUUUCUAUCAGCGGCACUCGGGGUGCUCCUUCAUAUAAAAGGCCGAAGUUCACUCAUUUUCGGGAAAGUCAUAUAGGUGGCGGCAUC